AUGGGAGAUGUGACAAGUCUCGAAAUAAAUACUAUUUUGAAAAUUCGACAAUGAAGUGUAUAUAUUUUUGGACGUAUUUCUUAUUAGUUAUGAUUGGGUGUUGUACAACAACAGCACUGCUGCUAAAUGUGUGCAGCCAAUUGAAACAAAUUACUUAUAGUCAAUGGGUACCAAAAACUAAGAUUAUUAGUUACUCUGAAAAAGUGUUGUGGUUUUGGAAAAGACAGCAAAGAAUCGAAAGUGUUGAAGUGCCCGAGACGCGCUACAGAUUUGAGACACAAUAUCACUGCUGUGCUGGCUACGAAGGAUCAACAGAUAACUGCAGGCCCAUAUGCCGCAGAGGCUGUAAGGGACAUAGCCAUUGUGGAGCUCCCCACAAAUGUGUAUGUGAUGAGGGAUAUGCGGGUGCAAAUUGCAGUCCAGUUUGUGACGGCUGUGGCAAGCACAGUACCUGUGAGGCGCCUAAUAGGUGCGUCUGCAAAACGGGCUACACGCGAAUUUACGGAGAAAGUGACUGUGUGCCGCAGUGCAUCCAGUCAUGUGGAAAUCACAGCUUCUGUUCAGCUCCAGACAUUUGCGAGUGUCAAUUGGGUUAUAAGAGAUCCUCGCCAAGUGCCCCUUGCCAGCCGGUGUGCAAGUCCAGCUGCGCUGCCAACAGCUACUGCAAAGAACCCAAUCUCUGCGAGUGCCACGAUGGAUACAAAGCGGAGGCGGGCAAAUGCAGACCCAUCUGUGAACCAGAUUGUGGACCUCACAGUAGCUGUGUCAAUCCAGGAAAAUGCCAAUGUGAUGUGGGUUACAAUUGGAAUGCCAAUAUUUCCAGCUGUCAGCCUGUGUGCAGUGUAGCAUGCCCGGAGCACAGCAAAUGCCAGGAACCUGAGCUGUGCGUCUGUGCUGUCGGCUAUGCCCAAAGGGAUCAAAAGCAAUGCGAACCGCAGUGUUCCAAGGGCUGCCAUGACUAUGCGAGAUGUGUGGCGCCGGAUAAGUGUGUAUGCUAUGAUGGUUAUGAGUUCUCCGUAGAGGAGCAGAAGUGUCGGCCCAUAUGCAGUCAAGGCUGCUCGCAUGGCUAUUGCUUUGAGCCCGAGUUGUGCGCAUGCAGUCCUGGUUACCUAAUGGGCCCGAACAACACCUGCGAGCCGCAGUGCAGUCCCAGCUGCGUUCAUGGCAUCUGCAGCGAACCAGAGACUUGUGUCUGUGAACCUGACUAUCGUUUCGCAGAGGACUCCCAGCACAUCUGUGAACCCAUCUGCAAUCCUGCAUGUGAGAAUGGCGACUGCAAGGCGCCACAGCUGUGCAUCUGCCAUAUUGGGUACGUGCCAGGGGGAAAAGAUGGCUUUCAACAUGUGUGCGAGCCCAGCUGCCAGAUGACCUGUGUGAAUGGUACUUGCCUGGCCCCGGAACAAUGCAGCUGCAACGAGGGAUUUGUUCCCGCUGAUGGUGUCAGCGAAACGAUCUGCAAGCCCAACUGCAGUCAAGGCUGCUCGCAUGGCUAUUGCUUUGAGCCCGAGUUGUGCGCAUGCAGUCCUGGUUACCUAAUGGGCCCGAACAACACCUGCGAGCCGCAGUGCAGUCCCAGCUGCGUUCACGGCAUCUGCAGCGAACCAGAGACUUGUGUCUGUGAACCUGACUAUCGUUUCGCAGAGGACUCCCAGCACAUCUGUGAGCCCAUCUGCAACCCUGCAUGUGAGAAUGGCGACUGCAAGGCGCCACAGCUGUGCAUCUGCCAUAUUGGGUACGUGCCAGGGGGAAAAGAUGGCUUUCAACAUGUGUGCGAGCCCAGCUGCCAGAUGACCUGCGUGAAUGGCACUUGCCUGGCCCCGGAACAAUGCAGCUGCAACGAGGGAUUUGUUCCCGCUGAUGGUGUCAGCGAAACGAUCUGCAAGCCCAACUGCAGUCGAGGCUGUGAGAAUGGCAUUUGUACAGCACCAGAUGAAUGCCAGUGUUUUUCUGGCUAUGAACCCACUGAAGAUGGUUGCGUGCAAGAAUUAAAGUUGACCACAUCGAUUGAGACAACAACAUCUUUCAGCUCAACUGCACCUCCAGAUUUGCUUCAGUUGCCCUCAACGAAUUGCACGGACAACUGCAACUGUUGGCAAGAAUUGACCGAGUCGGAUGAUGUUGCCCUCAAGUGCGCCAACACAUGCAUGGAUGACCAUGAUCAGCCCUGUUUAGAACUCAGCCAAUGUCGCUGCGAUAGUCGAUCGCUGCUCUGCAACAUUGAGCAGCUGGAGCAACGCUUUGUAUGCAUGAUGGCCAAACAGCUAAGCCAAUCAAUUAACAAUCAACAGGUCUGGAAAGAGGCGGCACUCAGCUUCUCCAAGACGGCGCCAAUUGCAGCCAUAUGGCCUGCGGUUCUCGCUUGGUGCUCUGGCAUCUGUUUAUUGUUGCAAGUGGUUAGAGUUUAAUGGCUAUAGAGACAAUAGUCUCAUUUGAAACUUAAUAUACAUAUAUAUAAAUAAUAAUGUUUUGCAUCCAUUUGUAUUUGCAUUUUUUUAAUCUUUAUAUAACAUACUACUAUACAAAUAUAAAUAAAGUUUGUUAU